AUGGCGCCGUGGAGCGGUUUGUGGGGCGGCAAGGCCGGCGGCGACGCCUACCGGGGCACGCCGGUGGUGGUCAAGAUGGAGAACCCCAACUGGUCCAUCUCCGAGAUCUCCUCGCCGGAGGACGACGACGAGGACAUCUUGGCCGCCGCCGGCCGCCGCAAGGGGGGCCGCACCAAGAACGCCAAGCAGAUCAGGUGGGUGCUGCUCCUCAAGGCGCACCGCGCCGCUGGGUGCCUCGCCUCGCUCGCCUCCGCCGCCGUCGCGCUAGGCGGCGCGGCCAGGCGCAGAGUGGCCGCGGGGAGGACCGACGCCGAGGCCGGCGUGGUGGCUGCCACCGGCGAGAGCCCCGUCGUGCGCUCCAGGUUCUACGCCUUCAUCAAGGCCUUCCUCGUCGUCUCCCUGCUCCUCCUAGCCGUCGAGGUCGCCGCUUACUUCAACGGCUGGAACCUCGCCGCCUCCGCGCUCGCCCUCCCCGUCAUCGGCCUCGAGUCGCUCUACGCCUCUUGGUUGCGCUUCCGCGCCACCUACGUUGCGCCGGGGAUACAGUUCCUCACCGACGCCUGCGUCGUGCUCUUCCUCAUCCAGAGCGCCGACCGCCUCAUCCAGUGCCUUGGUUGCUUCUACAUCCACAUCAAGCGCAUCAAGCCCAAGCCCAAGUCCCUAGCAUUGCCUGAUGUGGAGGACCCGGAUGCCGGGUACUACCCCAUGGUACUUGUCCAGAUACCAAUGUGCAACGAGAAGGAGGUGUAUCAACAAUCAAUUGCGGCCGUGUGCAACCUUGACUGGCCGAAAUCCAACUUCUUGGUUCAGGUGUUGGAUGACUCCGACGACCCACUGACACAGACUCUGAUUAGAGAAGAGGUGGCCAAAUGGCAACAGCAAGGUGCCCGGAUUGUGUACAGGCACCGUGUGUUGAGGGAUGGUUACAAGGCUGGAAACCUCAAGUCAGCCAUGAGCUGCAGCUAUGUGAAGGAUUACGAAUUUGUCGCCAUCUUUGACGCAGACUUCCAACCUCAUCCUGACUUUCUGAAGCGCACUGUGCCACAUUUCAAGGACAAUAAUGAACUUGGGCUCGUGCAAGCAAGAUGGUCCUUUGUGAAUAAGGAUGAGAACCUGCUGACUCGGUUGCAGUAUAUUAAUCUUUGCUUCCACUUUGAGGUGGAACAGCAGGUGAAUGGGGUGUUCUUAAACUUCUUUGGGUUCAAUGGCACUGCUGGGGUGUGGAGGAUCAAGGCACUGGAGGACUCAGGUGGAUGGAUGGAACGGACAACCGUGGAGGAUAUGGACAUUGCUGUUAGGGCACAUCUCCAUGGCUGGAAGUUUAUAUUCCUGAAUGAUGUUGAGGAAGCAGCAGCAUCGGUGGCAUUCUGGUCCAAUGCAGCUAUUCAGGCUUUGUUUACGGACAUCAUCAAAUGCAAGAUUGCGUUUUGGAAGAAAGCCAACCUGAUUUUCCUUUUUUUCCUGCUUCGAAAGCUCAUAUUACCUUUCUACUCCUUCACGCUCUUCUGCAUCAUCCUCCCGAUGACGAUGUUUGUGCCUGAAGCCGAGCUUCCUGACUGGGUCGUGUGCUACAUUCCUGCCCUCAUGUCCUUGCUCAACAUCCUGCCUUCUCCGAAGUCAUUCCCUUUCAUCAUCCCAUACCUGCUCUUCGAGAACACCAUGUCCGUGACCAAGUUCAACGCCAUGAUCUCUGGUCUGUUCCAGCUUGGAAGCGCGAUACUGAGUGGGUGGUGA